AUGGUGGACAACGAGAACGCCGCCGCUGCUGCCGCUGCUGCAGCCGCCGCCGCAGCAGCAGCAGUUGCUUCACAUGGACAUCACUCGCACCAUGGAACGCCCGACCAUCUCCUCUUGGCGCACCAUCAGCUUACUGGUAACGGUUUGGAUCGUGCAGACUCUCCACACGGUUCUGAGCACUCGUACCAUUCCGUGGGACACCGCAUGCCCAGUGGUUUGGAUGCGCUGAGUGGGAUGGGCAAUCCGAGAUCGUACGGAUCGCCUACUUCCAUGCACCAGUCUAUGACCCUUGGUGAUGGUGGAAUGGGUACCAGUGCCAUGAUGGUACCUCAUUUGCAAUCAAUGGGGGGUCAUACGAUGCAGAUGCCUUACAAGAGCCCUGAAAGUUCAACAGCGCCACCAAAGACGUAUCCCUGCAGCACAUGCCCAAAGAGUUUCGCGCGCCGAAGUGACCUUGCGCGGCACGAGCGCAUUCACAGCGGGCACCGCCCACACGAGUGUGACACUUGUGGCAAAAAAUUCAUCCAACGCUCUGCUCUCACAGUACACCAACGUGUCCACACUGGAGAGAAGCCGCACAUGUGCGAGCGUUGUGGCAAGCCAUUCAGUGAUUCGAGCUCCCUAGCGAGACACAGACGUAUUCAUACCGGCAAGCGGCCGUACCGUUGCCCUUAUGCGGAUUGCCAGAAGACUUUCACUCGGCGGACAACGCUGACCAGACAUCAAAACCACCACACUGGGACGGUUGAGGAGGCUGCCGCUGCGACGGCUGCAGCCUUGGCUGCGCAAGCUACCAAGAAUGCUUCUCGAAUUCCUCGAAGUGACGGUGAUUCUGGCUCAAGUCACGGAUCACCAAUGAACACCCCCUCUCCUGGUCACCGGACCAUGUCCAUGUCGCCGUCGAAUGCCGACAUGAACUCGGCCAACUUGAUGCGACAAGCAGACUAUUCAUACAUGAACACCGGGUCCCUUCCCGUGCAUAUCCGGACUGAUCUGCACCCCGGCCAAAGCCCUACCUCUGCGCCGUCGUACGUCCCUAUGCGGCCGACGUCGCAUCCUACGAGUUAUGCCCCUCCUCCACCCUUGGAGCCGAGUGUCGAGUCCCAGUCACACCACUCCCAGAAUGGCAGCGUGAACGGAAGCCCUCAUAUGGGCAGUGUCGGCUGGCAGUCUCCGGCUCACAUGCCUUCGCCGACGCACAGCAGUGGUGCUGCCGGCUAUCUGUAUCCGGAGCCCGAUCAGCAGUUUGCUGCCGCGAAUAACAUGGGCCAGAUGUAUUUCAACCCGAACCAGAUGCGACGACCAGGAAGCACCGAGCCCGGCCAUAACGGCUUUGACGUAAAGCCCAGGCCUAAUGAGCUCUGGGCCCGGGCACAGUGA